AAAUACCUUAGUUAGACAUUCUUUGGAAAUGCUGCUGCUCCGUUUUGGUUUGGCUGCAUGAAGACGUUUCGGAUGCAGCUACCCAACCGGUUGUUAAAAAUGGUCACCGCACCGAAUUUGUGUUGAGCAGCUUAUCAAACAAACCACACCCGCAUUGUUGGAUUGUUCUUCGUGUGGGUUCAGGAGUUUACCACACCUGGCAUGGAACAUCAAACGGAGAUCGUUUUAACAAUCUUGGGCAUUGUUUUUGUGCAUGGUCUAAUAUUCUAUCUGAUCUGUUGGAAAUGCCGAUCCAACAGUCGAUAUCGUUACUCGUCGGAUGUCAAGCGGAGAUCGCAAAUUUACGGUAAACAUGUUCUCGUUACCGGAGGUUCCAGUGGAAUUGGCCUUUGGGUAGCAGUUGAAUGCGCUCGUCUUGGGGCUGAUGUAACGAUUGUGGCACGCAAUGUCGAACAAUUAGAAAAGGCAAAGCAACAGCUGGACAGUUGUAAGCUUGUACCAGAGCAAAAAAUCAAUUUUCGGUCAAUCGACCUAACAAAAAGCUAUGAAAUUGUCGAGCAAGGCUUACAAGAGAUUGAACUAGCAGUGCAACCAAUUUACAUGUUGAUCAAUUGCGCUGGAAUGGCCGUCUGUGGAACGAUUGAGGACACCACGCUCGAGCAAGCCAAGCAAAUGAUGGAUAUCAAUUACUUUGCCACUUUUUCGCCAACCCGUUUUGUGCUGCCCAAAAUGAAACGAGCUAAGGAAGGAAUAAUAGUUAUCACUGCAUCGCAAGCGGCGCUGGUUGGUCUGUACGGAUAUGGGGCUUACGGUGCUUCCAAAUUUGCGCUCCGUGGUCUGGCAGAAACAAUCGCCAUGGAGGCAAAGCAUUGCGGUGUGAGUGUUACACUGGCACUACCUGCUGACACCGACACACCUGGGCUGGCUCGGGAGAACGAAUCGAAACCACUUGAAACGAAGAUUAUAUCCGGCUCCGGUGGACUGGCAAAACCGGAAGAUGUUGGACGGAAAAUUGUGCACGAUGCUUUGAAUGGAUCGUUCUUUUCGGUGCUCGGCAUGGAAAGUUGGGUUUUGAGUACGAUGUGCGUUGGGAUGGCACCCUGGAAGGGACCUAUUAUUUGUCUGCUGCAGUUCUAUUUGCUUGGUCCACUGAGAUUGGUUGGACUGCUGAUACAGUGGAAUUUCCAGAGAAUCAUUAAAAACUGUGCUAAGGACAGGGAGAAAAUAAAGGAUGACUAAUUACAUUAAAAUUUACAUCACUUUUACCAAUUUACGACUAGUUCAAUGUAUUAAUGCUCGUAUGAAGAGAAAAUAAAGAGAAUA